AUGGUGAAACCUUCAUCCACUGAAAGUCCUCUUUCUUCUUCUUCAUCGCAUUCGGUGUCUCCACUACAAACAUUUUUAGUCCACCUGAUUUGUGGAGUUGGCUUAGGCGCCGGAUUCUGGGUAGCUCACAACAUCUAUUCCAUCAAUCUCGUCUCUCAUCCUUCGGGCACUCUCCGUCUGAUCUGGGUUAUCGAGAGCCCAAUUGUUAUUCUUCUUUACAGCUAUUUUCGAAAAAAUCCCGACAAAUCCUCGUAUUUCAAAGCUGUGGUACGAGGCCUACUGGGACUCCCUGUUGGGGCUCUUGUAAAUGCUUUAGGAGCUAUUGCUUUGGGUGCACCUGUGGGUAUUCAGUAUGUGAAAUAAGGGUAGAUAAAAAUUUGUGCCUUUUACUGUUAUUAUGGAAACAGAAGUCACAGUUGAGGUCAAAAUGGGUUCACUCAUAGUUCCUUAUACAACACCUUUCUUCACUGUCAGUUUGUGCCUGCUGCUUCGGUAUAUGGUUCAUUGUGGGAAGAUUGGCGACGUAUAUUCGCACAUAC